AUGGCUGGAAAUCAGAGCUUUGAGGAGGCUAUUCCUCAAUCGAAGGAACCUAUGGGAGGGGUGGAACCUGUGCAAGGCAAGGUACUCCCUAAGCUCCCUAAGCAUCCUUCUGUCGCUAAUGCUGGCCCCUCGAGAGCCUUUCAGAGAAACGCCCCUUCUGUGGAUAUCCCUAGUGCUUCAAUGGAUGCUGGUAGUUUCGCUGCUAGAGGCCGUCCGUCACAGCGCACCGGUAGUCGUGGAAGAAGCAGGGGUCGAUUUUCUUCCAAGUCUGGUCGGAUUGAAGCUGGAAAUGGGAGUAAUCCCAAUGUUAUAGAGCCCUCGAAGCUCACUACUGGUCCUGUUGAAGCACCUCAUGAUAGAGGUCGUAACCAAGGAAGCUCCGCUCCCAGAUUGACUCGUAGAGACCCUUCUAUUAUUCGGGUGAAUCAAGGACUGAGAGAUGGUGCUGAUAAGUUGGUUCAGCAACAAACACAACGUUCAUGGGCUGCCAUUGCAAAAUCUGCAGAGAAAGGUUAUUCCCUUUCUUACAUUCCCCCCUCUUUGAUUGAUGGAAAACCUACUGUCGAAAUUUCGGAUGAAAUCCUCCAGGACGCCGAUCCUAAGUGGAAGGAAUGCCUUGUUGGUUACUUUGUUGGUAAAAAAUUGCCCUUCAAAUUGACGGAGUCUGCUGUCAAAAAUAUAUGGGGUACUCAAGUCGUUGAUAUUCUUGCUAAUGGUGAUGGUUUCUUUUUUUUCCAUAUUCCCGAUGAUUCGUUUCGUCGUAAAAUUGUGGAUGGGGGCCCCAUUACCAUUCUUCGGGUUCCUAUGAUUUUGCAACAAUGGCACCCGGCAAUCAAGCUAGAGAAAAAUCAACAUGAAACUCUACCUGUAUGGGUUAGAUUGAAAAACAUACCUAUUGCUCUUUGGUCUGCUUUGGGUAUAAGUGCGGUGGCAAGUGCUAUUGGUAGACCCCUUCAUGUGGACAUCCAAACCGAGAGAAUGCGAAUGAUCUCUUAUGCUAGGGUAUGCAUUGAGAUUAAGGCAUCACAGACCAUGCUAGAGGCUGUAGAAAUCAUUCUGAAUGGCGAAAAAUGGGCAGUCUUGGUUGAAUAUGAAUGGAGACCGAUGGCGUGUCUGAAGUGCGGAACUUUUGGCCAUAGAUGUGCUCCGGCCAUUGGUACCUCCUCUGCUGUCAAUAAGGCCCCCGUGCCAGUUGGUGUUGCUGGGAAUGAACCUCUUCCGGAAGGCGGCCAAUGGGAAACUGUUCGUAAGAAGCAAUCUGGACAGCAUUCGCGGAACUUGGCCAAGUCGGCCUCUCCUGCUAUAAGACCUGAUCUUAUCAAACCCACGUAUGAUGUAGCGAUUUCUCAGCAUUCGCUGCCUUCUGGGCGCUCUAAGACCUCAACGAGCAUUGUAGCUCCUGCUUUGAUUGUUGAUCCUUUAGAUCCUCUCCCUGAUCUUGGGAAGGAUGGCCAUCUUGUGCCCACUGACCGUGCUUUAUCUUCCUCGGCAACCUCUAUAAGUUCCUCAGAUUCAGAUGCUGCAAUUGAUGGUUCGGCGAGCAAUAUAGGCAGUGGCUCGGAGGAGGAUUCAGAUCCCCCUGCCUCCCUUAGCACCCGUCGGAGAAUUCCUGUGAAUAAGGGUGGUAUCCCUGAAUCUGUUGGUCGGGAUCCUGGCCUGCCUAUCCCAAGUCUCGUAGGCCCUCCCACGGUGUGCUUUCAGCCCCCCCUUGGUGAACCUAAUCAGGACUCUCUCCUGCUCGCCCCAAUGGUGAUGGAUCCUGCCCUCAUAAGCAGCUCGUCCGCUGCCAAGUUGGCCAAACUGAAACCUAAAAAACGGGGCGGCACAAGGAGGCGGUAAUCUCUUUCCCGUUUUUAU